AAGGUUGCCGCUCUGGACGUGGCCUCCUGGAACACGAUGGUGUCCGGGUACGGCAAGAGCGGUGACCUGCCGGCAGCGCGGGAGGUGUUUGGCAGAAUGCCGGAGCGGAACCUGGUGUCUUGGAGCGCGAUGAUCGACGCGCUUGUGCGUGCUGAGGAGUUUGGCGAGGCGCCGUCCGUGUGUGAUGAGAUGAUGGGGGAGGGUGUCAAGCCGGAUGUGGCGGUGCUGGUGAGCAUGCUCAAGGAGUCAAGGCGUGUGCACAUCUUGGUCCGGUCAAGAGGGGUCGGUGGGCCCAUUGGUAUCUGGAAAGCGAGGGGUUUGUGGGGAGGCAAAGGAAUGUCAUGGUUUAGACGGCACUGAUGGACAUGUACUGCAAGUUUGGGUGCAUGGAGGAGGCGUGGUGUGUUUUCGACGGCAUUCGCUUCCAUGACGUUGUGCUGUGGAAUUCAAUGAUAGGAGGGCCUGCAAUGAACGGCCAUGGUCACCGUGCACUUGAGUUGUUCCAAAUGAUGCUCCAAAUCAGCCGACGUUUGUUGCUGCUUUCUGCGCGUGUGCCCACACAGGCCAUGUGGACGAAGGGAGUGCGAUUUUCAAGUCCAUGCGGCACCAUGGAAUCGAGCCACAGAGGGAGCACUAUGGGCGCCUUGCUGAUGGCUUGGUGGGCGCAUGGACAAGGCUGAGGCUGUAUUGCUGGAUAUGCCAAUGAACCACAUGCCUUGCAAUGGGGUGCGCUGAUGUUGUCAUGCCAGAUGCACAAUGUUAUUACUGUCGGAGAAUAUGUAGGGAAACGGCUCAUUGACCUAGAGCCACAUGAUGGUGGACAUGAUGCCGUGCUGUUUAACCUGCAUGCAGCCAGUGGUCGAUGGGAAGAUGGAAGAGCAAUUCAGCAGAUGAUGCUGGAGAAGGGAGCCAAGAAAGAUGCGGGUUUGAGCCUCAUGGAAUGAAAUGGUUUGGUUCCACGAUCCACACUCCGGACAAGGCAGAUCUAUUCCCUGCAGAAAGGAUACCGAAAAGUCGAAGUUAAACAAUUGCGUAUGGAUCACCUGUGCAUAAAAUGUAUAAAGACUCCAGACAGAGACAUUUUAAUUAAAGAAUAAGGUGUCAGCUCCAUCACGUUGUACUGGGUUCUCACUCAUGGCAAGGAAACAAAGUAAGAAUGGUGCACAUGGUAGUUGCACAUGUCAACUGCAAACAUUGUUUAAUUUGAUAAAUUUUCAUGGGGAUGAGGAUGAGGUUGAGGUCAACUGUCAUAUAAAUCCCCCCUAAGGGCGAACCAACGCAAGAACAUAGGCAUAGAUGGGUGUUACUGCCUUCUUCUACAUCUUGCUGUCCCUCUGGGUUCAAGAUGCAGCUGCCAUUAUUGACUUCACAAGAUGUGAUUUUGCACAAGACUUCGUAUUUGGAGCUGGAACCUCAGCAUACCAGUACGAGGGUGCUGUUGCUGAGGAUGGAAGGAGCCCAAGCGAUUGGGACACUUUCACUCAUUCAGGUAAAAUGCCAGACAAAAGCACAGGAGAUAUUGCUGCAGAUGGGUACCAUAAAUACAAGGAGGAUAUAAAGCUUAUAUAUGAGACAGGCCUAGAGGCCUAUAGGUUCUCCAUCUCCUGGUCAAGGCUUAUUCCAAAUGGACGUGGGGCUGUCAAUCCCAAAGGGCUAGACUACUACAACAACAUCAUAGAUGAACUUGUCAAACGUGGCAUUCAAACACAUAUCACACUUCACCAUAUAGAUCUCCCUCAAAUUCUUGAAGACGAGUAUGGUGGAUGGUUAAGCCCCAGAAUUAUCGAAGAUUUCACAGCUUAUGCGGAUGUUUGCUUCAGAGAGUUCGGAGAUAGGGUCAAAUAUUGGACUACAGUGAAUGAGCCAAACAUUGGUGCAAUUGCCUCUUACAGCAUCGGUCAUUUACCACCUGGCAGAUGCUCAGAUCCAUUUGGAAUAACAAAGUGCACAGUGGGCAACUCCAGCACCGAACCAUACAUAGCAGUUCAUACUACCCUAUUGGCUCAUGCAUCAGUUUUCAAACUGUACAGAGAAAAAUAUAAAGCUGAGCAAAAAGGAGUCAUCGGCAUAAAUAUCUACUCCUAUUGGAGUUAUCCAUUCACAAAUUCCACUGUGGAUUUAGAAGCAACUCAAAGAUCUAAGGAUUUCAUGUUUGGCUGGAUACUGGAGCCUUUGGUGUCUGGGGACUAUCCUGAAGUAAUGAAGAAUAUUGUUGGCUCUCGCCUUCCAUCCUUCACAAUGGUUCAGUCUGGAUUAGUCAAGGAUUCUUUUGAUUUUUUUGGAAUAAAUCACUACUAUUCUUUCUAUGUGAGUGACCGGCCUAUGGAAACAGGUGUUCGAGACUUCUAUGGAGACAUGUCAAUUUCUUACAGAGCUUCUAGGACAGAUCCGCCAGCUGGUCAGGGUGUCCCAACAAAUGUUCCAAGUGAUCCCGAUGGGUUGCAUCUAGUACUGGAGUACCUGAAAGAAACCUACGGGAACCCUCCUCUUUAUGUCCACGAGAAUGGCAUGGGAUCUCCCAAGGACAGCCUCAAUGACACUUACAGGGUCGAUUGCCUGAGCAGCUACAUGGGAAGCACACUAGAUGCUAUAAGGAAUGGGGUUAAUGUGAGAGGCUACUUCACCUGGGCAUUCAUGGACCUGUUCGAACUCCGGGCAGGAUAUCAGUCCAAGUAUGGCCUGUACCGCGUAGAUUUCGACGACAUGAGGCGACCGCGGCAAGCCAGGCUCUCUGCUCGCUGGUACUCUGGCUUCCUGAAGAAGAACGGAUCCUCUCUUCUAAUAUCAAGAACACAGGAGGACCUGACGCGGAACACCGUGUCGUAAGUGUGGUUCACGUGCUCGAGAGAUGGCACCUGUAUGUAUGCAUGCAGUUGUCUAGAGUUUUGACUGUUUGACAAAAGGCCACUCCUUUUCUUUUCUGAAAAGAAUGGUGGUGUGAAACAACUCAAGUACUAUAAAUAAGAUUUGUUUGGUAAAUCUCAGUUGCCUGAAAUUUAGUUA